CCCUUUACUCCUGUCGGCUUCCUAGUCGGCUCCCUUGUCCCGAACGGCCUGAUCAUCAGCCGGAGAACCGAUGCGGCCAUCGACAAGGUCACUUAAGCCGGAGCAGCGCGCCAUCCUGGAAGCCACGUUCGAUCUCAAGACCACGCCCGAUUCGUUCCUCACUCGACGUCUCGCGGAGGAGUGCAACCUGAACCCGCGCCAAGUGCAGGUGUGGUUUCAGAACCGCCGCCAGCGGCUGCACAAACGCAAGAGAACCGUCAGGACGUCAUCGCCGUCAGCGGCCGAGCCACCGGCGAAAAAGGCGGCAGCGGAGCCCGCGAGGAGCGAGCCCGAGAGGAGCGAGCCGGUCGAGAGUGAGUCGGUCGAUAGCGAGGCGGACCCGUGCUCGCCCGCGCUGACCUUCUACACGGACGACUUUGGCGCCGAGCUCCCGCUCCUGUGGCUCGACGAGCUCGACGUCGGCACGGCGUGCGAAGCCGAGCUGACGCGCCGAGGCGCCGGCCAGUCGCAGCCGUGAGGCAUGCCACAGCAGCAGAGGCACCUGCCACCCAUUGGGCGGGCAGACAGAAGGCCAGGGCAGCACUGGCAAGUGCAACGCGCCUCAUGUCGGAGAGCGACCGUGCCUCGUCGCCGCUGAUGCAGAUGUAGAGUUUGUUGUAGAGAUUU